AUGAAACUGGUUUUUUCCAUUGCCGCGCAGGCGCUACUUUUCCUCCUCCUGGCGGGUUUAUCUGGUAGCGUGGAUAUGGACACUUUGCGAAAGAGGCCCCCCUGGAACACAAGUGGAAGGAUGAGUUCCAGUGUGAUGAGAAGCAAAGACGGGGUUCCGCGGUGGAAUGGCGAUGCUUCGCAGUUCCAGGAGUACGAGGACAUGUGUCUUCAAUGGGAGCAGUCCAUAGCACACCACAAGAGGUACCUGUGCGCACCACGUUUGAUAGCUGAACUGGGGAGGACGGCUAGAAAAUUUGUGGUUGGAAAGAAGCCGGAUUGGGUCUCCUACAACGGAGGCGUUGCCUACUUUUUAGGCCACCUUCGAAGGCACCUGGGACGACCGCAAAUACCAGAACUCUCAGAGCACUUGAACAGGUACUUCAGACAAAGCAAGAGACAGAAACAUGAGACCAUGAACACCUACAUAGUGAGAAAAACCGAAACCUAUGCCAGAGCUCGCCAGGCCUUAGCUCGUGUGCAGGAAGCUUUUGAUCGACGUCAAGAUCGGCAUGAUCAAUGGGGUCGAGGCGGGGGGUACCAGUCAUGGCAUUGGGGGACAUGGUCUUCACGACAGAGCUAUGAAGGUGGAGAUGAGUCUCUCGGAGAACCAGGUCAAGAAGCCAGUGAACCAACAGAGGGUCAGGACCAGAACACUGAGGGACAUGAUGGAGGACGGGAGUCACGUGAUGGAAGAAGUGGGAGUGAGUGGGGAUCGUCCUACACCAGGUCCUACCACCCCGAAGAUGAGGAUUGGACCCUUCAAACUCCUGAACUCCUACCUGAUUUCUUACAAGGAUGGUAUCUCUUGGCUGACUCAGGUUUGACUAGCCAGGAAAAGAACAUGAUCCAGACCGCGGUGGCUGGUGACUUCAGUCUCCUGCGGAUUGCUCAAGAGCUGCGAACCCAGUGGCCCGAGGACGACUUGGUCCAGCGGGACAACAACCAGAAGCACAGUGGCUUUUGGCAUGAUGAUGCCUUCAGCGACGAUGAUGAGCCCAACCACAUGUCAGCCAAUGCCUUGGUGAAUGAAGGCAUGAAUGAUGAGGGUUUGGCUUUGGUCACUCAGGCCGUCGAAGAGGCUGAGGAAGCCUUGGCUCUCAUUCAGCAGGGCAAGCGCACCUUGAAAGAAGCACGAGCCAAACAACACCAGGUGCGGAUGAACCGCCAAUACUAUAAGACCAAGACCUAUGAGACCAAGACGGCUGACAAGAAGCAGGGCAUGGCAUGCUUCCGAUGCGGAGGUCCUCACCGAGUUCGAGAUUGCCCAGACCGUCAGGCUCCUAGCGGUUCCUCAGCUCAGAUGACAGAUGAGGCAGCACCUUUUGUCUGCUUCACUCAGGGCACUUCUGAGGCCUAUCAGGCCAUGUCUUGUGAUGAAGCUCCAGCACCUCUCAUGACCACAGAGCAAGCUGUGACUGCGGGCUAUGGCAUUGUUGAUGGUGGGGCCACACGAACCAUUGGGUCCACCUAUGCACUUGAAGCCAUUGCCUCGGAGAACUUCAAGAAGCGUCAAGAUGGAGGUGUCCUGGAGGUGGAUUGUCAGAACACCCCGAAGUUUGGUUUUGGCAACAGCAGUGUGGAUACUUGCGUCAGCACUGCCAAGAUGAAGAUCUAUGCUGACUCCAAGCCAGGUGUGCUUCAAGUACACGCUCUGGAUCGAGGACAAGGACCAGUACUGCUCUCGAUUUCCACACUUCGAGCACUGAAAGCAGUGAUCGAUUUCGAGUCUGAUUUGAUUGUUUUUCGAGCUCUCGAUGACAAGAAGGCCAUACAGGCCACACGAUCUCAGGCUGGCCACCAGCUGCUGCCUUUGACGGAUGAUCUGUACAGAGAUGCGGUAGCGUGUCAUCAGAGGGUUCCCAGCUUGCGAGAGAUUCGCAACGUGAUCCUCUUUGUGAUCCACCGAUCAGCGACCAUGUCGAAAGCGCCCACCAAAAUCGAGCUCAUCGAAGCCAUCGAGUCCCUGGGAGAGACGCCUCCCUCCAGUUGGACGAUGGUGGAACUCAAAACACGCCUAGCCGAGCUCAAGGAGGAACAUGGGCUGGACAACAAGACCCUUCGGGUCAAGACCGAACUGCAGGAGUGGACCAUCAAGCUCAACAAGGCCGCCACCAAGAAGGCCUACCUCCAGGCAUUUUGCCAGGACUCUUUGGGCCUCAAGAUCACUGGCUGCGAGACCAUCGACCAGCUGAAGCGGGCCGGACUGGAGAAGAUCUACAUGAUUGCCAAGCCACAUCCCUCCGAUGGCGUGGGAUUUGGAGCCCACGCCAGCCUGACCUACGACGAAAUUCGUCUGGCUCAGUCGGAGUACUGCAAGUGGGUAGUGACUACGGCAGCGGAAGGUGGAUGCAAUUACCGCCUGAGUCGCCUUGCCAGAUGGCUGGAGAUGGAGGCCACUGCUGGCCCAAAGAAGCCAGUGCCAAAGGUUGGCCCUCGGAAAAGCAAAGCUCCUUCCAAUCGCAGUCACAGCCCAUCGGCUGCCAGCACCAUGUCAUCCCAGGCCAUUGCCAUGAUGACAACCAUGAUGCACACCAUCGAGAGCCUGAAAGAAGAAGUGGAACACCUCAAGGAGGAGAAGCCCCACAAGAAGGCCACGGGUGGUGUGCUCACUCCUCGCGAGGAGAAACUAUGCCUUAAGGUCUUGAUGGAGAAACUGGUGAUCUUGGACCCAACCAUGACAGCGGAAGAAGCUUUAGCUGAGUCUGUGAGGGUUUUCAACAAUCGAGAGUUGGUGAGGGGCUACUCACCUAUACAACACGCCUUAGGGCGAGCCCCGGACGAAACAGGUCGUUUCAUCCACAGUUUGUGCAGUCCUCUUCCUGAAGUUUUACUGGAAAACCCAAAUGGGGAAUUCAAACGGAAUGUGGAAAGAAUGAAACAUGCUGAGCAAGCCCUUUCUGAAUGGCAGGCACAACAAAAGGUGACAAAAGCCUUGAACUCAAGAGGCCAACGUCUCAUGGACUACAGACCUGGUGAUUUGAUUUACUACUGGAGAAAGCAGAUCAAAGGUGAGCCAGCCAACAAGAACGGAAAAUUCUUAGGCCCAGCUCGCAUUUUAGCAACUGAGUCCAAGCGGGAUCCCAAUGGAGCUCUACGGAAAGGUAGUGCCAUCUGGUGCGUGAGGGGUCGUCGAGUCAUCAAGUGCUGCGUGGAGCAACUGAGACCCGCGUCAAAACGAGAAGAACUCCUAGAACAUUUGGGAGAGGGUGAACCUGAAGCACCAUGGACUUUUCCAAGAAUCACUCAAGAACUGGGAGGCAAUGAAUAUGAAGAUGUCUCUAUGGAUGUUCCAGAACAAGAAGAUUGGGAAGCAGCUCAAGAUCCGAUGGUUGUUGAGCCAGGUCCUCGGAGACAUAGCACCAAGAGACCACCUACACCGAGACAAUCACCAACCCACAUUCAACCUACACCAUCAAAAUCCUCACGGUCCAGCGGAUCAGCAACGGCACAUGUCACAGAAACACAACAAACUGCUUGGUGGAAUUUCUUGGAAGAACCAUUGCCUGAGAACACAGAAGGUUCCGGUUUCUGGGAUCAACAACAUGCAGCAGUCACCAUUGAGGUACCCCUGCCGGAGUCACACCGAGGCCUUCUAAAGGCUGUGUCGGAUUUUGAAACCUUCUUUGUGGGCGCACUCAAGCGCCGAGCAGUUGAAGUGCACGAGAAACAUUUGACACCAUCAGAACGACAGCAGUUUCAAGAGGCCAAAGAGGCAGAGGUACGGAACUUUGUGGCAGCAAAGGCAUUCGAGGCUCUACCGCCUGAACUGAAACCUGAUCGGUCACAAGCCAUCGGCAUGCGAUGGCUUCUUACUUGGAAGCUGAAAGAGGAUGGAGAGCGGAAAGCAAAAGCAAGAGCAAUACUGCAAGGAUAUCAAGACCCUUCUUACGAACAUAGAGCCACCACCACUCCUGUGAUGACAAGGAUGACACGCCAGCUCCUAUUGCACGAAGCGGCGAGGAAAAGGUGGAGGGUACGCAAAGGUGAUGUUACUGGUGCCUUUUUACAGGGUCGUGAAUAUCCACAAACUCUUUACUGCACACCAUGUCCUGAAAUAUGUCAAGCCAUGGGCCUGAAACCUGGAGAAAUCACAAAGAUCAAACGUGGCUGCUAUGGCCUAGUGGACGCUCCUUUAGAGUGGUACAAAUCAGUGUGCGAAUAUCUGGAAGAACUCGGACUUCAAAAGUCCUGGUCAGAUCCAUGUUGCUGGUUAUGGAAACCAAAUGGCUCCAUCGCCGGCAUGAUAGCCGGUCACGUAGAUGAUUUCCUUUUUGCUGGGCCAGCUGACAAUCCAGCAUGGCAAGAAAUUGAAAAGAAGAUUCAGCAAAAGUACAAAUGGACUGAUUGGGAGGAAAACUCCUUUGUGCAGUGCGGAGUUCUCAUUGAGGCCCAAAAAGAUGGCUCCUUCUUUCUUUCUCAGCCAAAGUAUUUAGAUAAGGUCAGUGAAAUCAGUUUAAGUGCGGUCAGGCGAAAGGACGCCAACGCACCCACCAGUGAAAAAGAGAAGAGCUUGCUGAGAGCAGUGUUCGGGGCACUGAGCUGGCACGCUCAGCAGGAGUUGGAUUUGUUCUACACCAUGAAGGGCAUGUGGCGCAUCGUGGAGGACGAUGGCAUGAGGUUUAGAGCCAAGAAGAGCGUUGUCUUCGGUGUGGCCUGUCAGUUCCUCAUUUUACCCUUCCUGGGCUUUUCAGCCGCGAAGGCCUUCGAUUUGGAUCCCGUCUAUGGCAUCAUGCUGAUCACGGUCACGUCCUCUCCGGGAGGUGCUUAUAGCAACUGGUGGUGUUCAGUCUGUAAUGCCGACCUGGCUCUGAGCAUAGCAAUGACCACUUGCUCGACCAUUCUGUCCUGUGGCUUGACACCUCUCAACAUGCUGCUCUAUAGCUAUUGUGCUUAUGGCGAACUUCUGAACUUCAACUUUCUGAAGUUGGUACAGCCUGUUUUGAUCGCGGCUGUUGCCAUUGGCUGUGGCCUUACAGUGAGCCGGCUCUAUCCGAAAAGUCGAUGGAUUUGGAACAUUGUUGGAAAUGUAUGUGGAGUGCUUCUGAUCGCUUUGAAUGUAUUUGUCUCCUCGAACGAUCAUCCAGUAUGGGAUAAAGAGCCUAAAUUCUACGCUUGCGUUUCCAUUCCAUGCCUCUGCAGUGUUGUCAUAGCCCUGGGACUUGCGAAGGUGAGUUGCAGAGUUCCUGGACCGGAGGCUGUGGCCAUUGCUGUGGAGGUGUGUUAUCAGAACACUGGCCUAGCCAUGGCGAUUGCGUUAUCGUCCUUUGAAGAGGACGAUGCCUCCAAGGCGGCUGGUGUGCCGCUGUUUUACGCGGCUCUACAAGUGCUUGUUCUACCUAUUUUCUUGCUUCUGGCGUGGAAGCUGGACAUGACCUACGCGAAGAGAAAUGAACCGCUGUGGCGGGUGAUUUUUAUUAGUCAUCAGCCAAAGGGUUCCACGGAGGAGGCAAGUGUGAUUCCUGCCCCCAGCAGUGUUUGCUCCAGAAGCUCCAAAAAUAGUGAGGAGGUUCAGGCGGCCAAUGACGUGAAAGAGGUCGAUCUAGAACAAGGCAAGGGAAAACAGGAGGAAGGACCUGUGAAGGAGUGA